GAUGCUGCCCUCGAAACUGACCUAUCGCCUGCUGUCAUAGAACGCCUUUGCCAUCCUCCACAAGAGGCUUUAGAGCUCGAAGACACUACCGAGCGCCUUUCGAUCGAAGUUUACUUGGGCCUCAAGAAUGCUUCGCAACGCCACUACAAUAUUAUUCGUGACGCUAUCUUGCGCUUUGAUCCAAGCUGCGAGAUGCUUUCAUUUGAUGCAGUCAAGCGCCGCAUUGAAGAGCUUAGUGGUAUUGUUCCUGUCUAUCAUGACAUGUGCUUCGACAGCUGUGUCGGCUUCACGGGGCCGUUUGAAGACCUUGAGCAGUGCUCAAUGUGCUCAAAGCAUCGCUACAACCAAGCCAAACAUGCACGCUCCGGCAAGAAAGUUUCUGUCAAGCGUUUCCUUACAAAUUGUAUGGGACCUGCUAUUCAAGCAAUGUGGCGCUCUUCCGUUGGUGCAGAGGGUAUGAGCUAUCGUACACGUUGUACUGCCAAGAUCAUGAAGGAGAUAACGCGGCAGGCUGAACACCAAGACGGCAACUUCGAGUUCUCUCCUCCUGAGCUUGACGACUAUAUACACGGCACGGACUAUCUCGAAGCUGCCCUCAAUGGGUUCAUUGGUGAAGACGACACGGUUCUUAUGCUCUCGCUUGAUGGUGCACAGCUUUAUCGCAACAAGACAUCUGAUGUUUGGAUAUACAUCUGGGUUCUCAUGGACCACAGCCCUGAUACCCGCUACAAGAAGCAGAACAUCUAUGUUGGCGGCGUCAUUCCUGGCCCCAACAAGCCGAAGAAUAUCGACUCAUUUUUGUUUCCAGGCUUCCGCCAUCUUGCCGCCCUUAUGAAAGAAGGCCUCGCGGUUUGGAAUGGUGCUACGCAGCGGCUCUUUCGCUCAGACCCAUAUAUCAUUGCCUUCAGAGCAGAUCAAAUUGGCAUGACGCAGAUGACAGGCCUUGUUGGACACCAUGGUCGCUUUGGCUGUCGGCUCUACUGCCCUUUUCCUGGACGGCGCAAAGAUAGGAGUGGCCACUACUUUCAGGCAACUCAACUUCCACACAAUCAUCGCGUCAACAAUUCUGAUCAUCCUGAUGUCAAUGUUGGCGUCAUUAUUAACGAGACAUAUGCAGAGAAGACUCACCGAUACAACAACAAUCUGCAGCAGCUUCUUUCAGGUUCACGGUCUCAGGCUGCCUACGAACGCAUUCGCCUUGAGACAGGCAUUUCCAAGCCCAGUAUUAUAAGCGGCUUCCCACGACACUGUACUCUUGGCGUUCCAGGUUGCUUUCAGAGUGAC